AUGAGUUUUCUGAACCCAGGAGCAUUGGGUUAUGCCAAAAACUGCCAAUCAUUUUGCUGUGCUCACUUUCCCGUGGCCUGGGAGCGUAUAUACACCAAUAUCGUUCCGACAAAUCAACCUGCUGCAACAGUUCCAGAUUCUUCCUGCUCGACCAGUUUUAUACACACUACUUACUCACUGCAGAUUCCUUCCCCUCCACUUUCCUCAGCAGAUGAAAAAUCAAAUACUUUAUCUUCUGCUAUCUUAUCCUCUCCCUCCAUGACAGUUUUUUCAGGCCAUCGGACAGACAAGGCCGCUAUUACCGCCACUCCUCAAGACCCUACAAACUCGAUUGAAUUUAAGGCUUUCUGCCCCCUAUCAACCCGUUUUUCAUCAGAAAAAUUUCAAGAAAAUCAUACUUCACUACUUGAAGCAGGGCCAGCAGCUACCACCACUAGAAAUCUACCUGUUAGUCCAUCUGCCGAUACUGCAAGAUCGGAUUCAGUGGCCACAACAUCCCAAAGGAAUCCUGCUAUUUCUAUGGUGUCUCUUUCAUCUCCUUUACGUACAUCUACUGCUUUAACUUCUUCAAUUCCUUCGUACUUAUUUAUUACCCAGCAGAACGUUAAUCAACACCAACCAUCACCAUCGUUUAAGAUUUGUGCGGAUGAGGGCAAGCAGGUUCCUUCAACUGUCUCGUCCCUAGCUAACCGACCCUCAGUAUUGCUGGCCGGUAGUAUCACCGAAUCUUCAAGUUGGAAAAUUGGUGACAUUCUUAGCCACCAAUCAUUACCUGAAUAUAAUGAAGCUCAUAUUCCUGUUGGCCAGUAUGAUAUGAAUUUUUUAGAUCAUAAUACUCCUUUACUCAGUUAUCAUACCUCUUAUGGGUAUCAUGAGCCAUCUGGUGUUAAAGUCUCUUUGCCCUACCCCCAAGACUCUGAGCGCGACCUUAACUAA